AUGGGCUGUGGAGCCCGUCUCAUCUCCUCCUGGGACAUACACGACAAAUUGUCCUGGGCAGCACAGAAACUGCUCCUCCUCUGGGGUCCAGCCCUGAUCAUGUUCACCAUCUGCCUAUCCAGCACCGAAUUCACAAAAACAUACAAACCCAAACGUUUCGUCCCUCCGUGGAUCGCACGACCACUCUACUUCGCGCUCAAUACCGUCCUCUUUCUUCUUAUGAGUCUUGCGGCUUUUAUGGAAGUCGCAACUGCUGAGCAUGAGGUCCAUGCCGGUCAUAAACUCUUGAGAGCUGUUUUCAUUAUUCGACUUCUUUUUUGGACUUUUAUAUUGCUCGGUAAUACGGCGUCCCAUAAUGAUCAUCAAUGCCAGCCCGGGAACAAUGUUCAUAUGAAGCCCAGGUUUGAGCAAUACUAUCUUGUGCUUCAGGACUUCUUCAUUGUCGCCUUUAUACACAACAUCAUACAAUUAGUACGGCUUUAUUCGGGGCCAGAUGGCUUUAUGAAUGCUACGGAGUGGCCACUUUAUGCUUUGGAUAUUUUGUUGGGGACGCGACCGUUAUUAGAAUGGAAGAUCUGGUAUUGGUCGGGUGGUUGUAUGAAGAGCGUUGGUAGUUAG